AUUUGUCUUAUGUAUCAUUGUCAUGCUCAGCAUGUAUUGCCUUUUUCCUUUUUGAGUGUUCGACUAUUGGGAUCUUUCAACAGUAUAUAUAUAUAUAUUUGAUAUAAUAUCCUAAAUAAAUAUGUGAUCUAUCUCAUUUAAAAGUUUCAAUCAUAAUGGCUUCCGGGCAUAUCUGGGUUUUCACCAUUGCUCAAUUAUAGUACGUGGUGACAGAAAAGUGAGUGACUUGAAUGAUGUAACCUUGAACAUUUGGGCGAGCAUGGAGAUGGGUGCAAUCAUUUGUGACCCAUUUCUUCAAAAUCUUUUUUGUCUUGUACCUUUCUUUACUUUCGGUUAAAAAAAGGGUGAAAUAUUCUCAUUUUUCGAGUUUGGUCCCCUUUCACCCCAUGAGAUUAAGGAGGCGGAGGCAAUGUUUUCCUUCUUGCUCUUCCCAUCACAGAGUCGAUGAGGAUGAAACUUACUGGAGGCAGAAGAAGGGUGAUGAGGAGUUGGAGUGGUCACAUGAUUCCACUCACGUAAUAGCGCAGUUAGCUCAAUGUUUUACAAAUGCUAUGGGCGGGCCAAGGUCAUGGAUUGGAGGACUAUUUAGCCGGUCAGGCAAUAAGCGUGAGAAGUACCUCGACUACAGGUUGAGCCCUCUUCAGGAACAAAGACUUCAAAGGCUUCAAGAACGAUUACAAGUGCCAUUUGACGAGACUCGUCCUGAUCAUCAAGAAGCUUUAAGAACGCUGUGGCUUGCUGCUUUUCCUGAUAUUGCUCUGAAGGGAUUGAUCUCAGAGCAAUGGAAAGAGAUGGGAUGGCAAGGUCCUAAUCCAUCCACUGACUUUCGUGAAUUGGUCUACGUAGGGGUUGCGGAUAUAUUUCCCUUGAGAAUCUGCUAUUUUUCGCCAGGACUUAUCCGGUUAUUGUUCAAGCAAGAUGGGAAGCGAGCAACAUGGGAGUAUCCAUUCGCUGUUGCAGGAAUAAAUGUAUCAUUUAUGUUGAUUCAGAUGCUGGAUCUAUACUCAGCAAAACCAAAAUGCAUUCCAGGAAUCAAUUUCAUGAAAUUACUAGGAGAAGAUGAAGAAGCAUUUGAUGUGCUAUAUUGUUUAGCAUUUGAAAUGAUGGACGCUCAGUGGCUCGCUAUGCAUGCUUCUUACAUGGAGUUUAAUGAGGUUCUACAAGUCACGCGGACGCAACUGGAAAGAGAGCUUUCUUUAGAAGAUGUACACAGAGUACAGGACUUACCAGCUUACAAUCUGUUGUACCAGUAAGUAUUCAGUUACCUCUUUGGAAGGCAUAAGAGAUGAUGAUUUUGAUAUCUUCAGACAUGUCAAAGCUCUUCGCUGCUAUCCGCGGGAGAUUCCUUUGAGUGAUUUUGAAGAUCAGUAAUUCCAAUGACAUGAUAUAGAGAUGAGAUUGUAUAGGAAUGGAUUAUGGAUAAGGAUAUGAAUAUCUAGGUGACCUUGAAUAAUUGUGAGGAGAUAUAGUUGUGGAACUUUGUGAUAUAUGAAUCAACUUUGGGGCCAUAUAGGUUGGAAUUAGAUCCCACUAUUUGAUGUAUCACCAAACUUGUAUUAUAGAAGUUGAACAAAUUUUCUAGUUUAGUACAGUUGAAGGGACGACAUGACAUGACAAUAUCUCUGUUUUGGUCCAAUAAUUUUGUGUUCUAUUCUCUACAAAACGUAGUACUUCCCCUCCCCAAUGGUACUGGCAAUAUCCACAGGACAUAUUUCAAUGUGGGGGCAUUUUGAGUGAAUUUUCAUUGACUGUGUAUGCUUUGAAAAAAAAAUAGAACCAACUUAGGCCAUCAGCGAGGAACUCGUUGUUUUCACUUGUCAUCCAUCUGAACUCAUUGCAUGUAAAUAAUUGACUUGAUUUAUUCCAAUUUUUCUGAAGUAACCUUCACAAAAUAAUUAUUGCUAUUAAUAUUUAAAUUCCUGCAUACUGCAUAGGGAUUAAAAAAAAUAGCAUGAAAUA